AUGUCACGCACGAAUGAAUCUCACGAGCAGAGUCCAGAGCCCAAUAGCACUAUUCUUGGGAGAGGGUUCAUCGACUCCCCGCUGGUGACACUCAUGGCGGGCGAGGAGAAGUUUUUCGUCCACAGACACAUCCUCGUGGCCAAAUGCCCCUUCUUCGCCAGACAGCUCGAGUCCGGACCGCCGCGGCCGCCUCUGCAGAAGGAGGAGGAGGGGGAGAACAAGCCAGGAACUGAGGAGCUGGAGUUUCCACACGACAGCAGGGACAUGAUCGGCCACUUCCUGGCCUACAUCUACACCGGCCGGGUGGACUUUUCGCAGUCCGACGACGCAGUCCUCGCCAUCUUGAAGUCGUGGGUCCUCGCGGGGGAGCUGUCCAUGCCGGACUGGAAGAGCCAGCUCGUCGAUCAUGUCAUUGCGCAUUGGGCGGAUUAG